AUGAGUGAACGAGAGGAAGAGAGUAAACUUCUGGAAAAUUUGCCUGCAUUGGACGCUUUACCGGUUGAGGAGGUACAUAGUUAAUAUAUUUCAGUUUGGCAGUGCGUGUUUUUGUUUGAAUUUCGUGGAUUUAUGCGAUAUCACUUUCGCUUUUUAGUGUACGAUUUCAAUCGGCAGCAGAAUGCAGAGUGCCAAAUGACUCUGAAGUUUAGUGAUUAGGGUUAGGAAACUGCGUGAACUAAGUUUGAAGUCAGUUUUUCCGGUUUUAUUAUUAUAAAUGGAACCUGAUUCACUCAGUUUCCUUACCCUAAUCACUAAACUUCUGGGAGUCAUUGGGCGUUCUGAAGUCUGCAUUUAGCCAGGGGCACCCAACGUCAAUUUUUGGAAAAUAUCUGUCCGGAAAACGAUUUGAGAUCUAGAAUUUUCGGAACAUUUGUUGUAAAAUUUCUUGCUUGCCUGCCUCUCCUAUGAUUUUCGAACAUCUAAAAAAUGGUAUAGUUGCCAAUUUUUAAUGGACUUUUACCCUAAAAAGGGCACCUAGAAUUUUCGGGAGCCUUUUUUCUGGCUGAAAUUUUCGAAAAGGUAACUAUUGAUCCCUAUAAUUUUCGGAUCACUAGACCUUCAGCUAGGAAAUCCGAACAGAUGAAAAAUUUUUAGGGGAUAAAAAUAUGUCUAUAUCUACCGUUUAAAUACUAAAAUACGUUCAACAAUGCUAUGUUUAAGUGGUUUUGAACUAUAUUCUCGUUGGGUGCCCCUGUUUAGCGUUCCGUUUUCUGCGUUAUUUCAGCAGGGCAUUACAAAUGGAUCGAAAUCGAUCAUCGAAAGCUAAUCGAUAAAUCGAUAAAAUGGAUAUUACUCGACAAAAAUCGAUUUGUUUGUUUAAAAAAUCGAUCGAAAUUGGUAAUCUCAAAAUAUUGCGGAUGUGUAUCAACUUUAUUGAUUUCAAUAAUGUUGUUAUUCAUGGACGACCAAAGGACACUAGAGAAAACUGGAGAAAUCAAGAAAAGUCAAUCACUCAAAGCGCGAUCGAAAGAAUCGUUGAGAAAUUGAAAAAGAGAGUGUUUCAGGGCAUUAUCAUGGUAGCUUGUUCACUUUUCUACCUAAUUGCAACUGCAUGUUACUGCUAACUUUUAUGUGUGUUUUUUACUUGGCCUUUGUUUUGUUGACAGGUAAUCAAUGCUGAUCAGCCAGUACUCUCAUUCUCGUUCUGCCAGACUUAUGAUUAUUGUUUAAAAGUAAAGUUUUGUUACUUUCAGACUGUGUUUAAGUUGUCAUUCCGUGUGUCUGUUUGGUGGAAAGAGGUCAAAAGAAAUUAGAAACUAUAGGGAUUCUAUUGAAUCAUCACACUAGCUGCCGCUAUGUAAUGUUCGUGCUUCAGAAUGUAUAGCUCUUUACAUUUCGAUACUUUUCGAUUGAAAUCGAUGGAAAUCGAACAGAAAUUGCUGAAAAUCAAUAAUCACAAGAAUGAGUGUGAUGGCUCAUUAUCAAUUUUCGAUAUUUGUGGAUUGGUUAAUACUGAUUUUAUCAAUUACUAUCGAUUUUUAUCAAGUAUUGAAAUUAUCGAUUUGUAACGCCCUGAUUUCAAUCAACCGAAUCACUAGCCCCGCCCACUUGCUGGUCAGUUUUGUUGCUAGCCAUACGAAGCAGGGGUCAAAACAAUUUUGGGAAUGUUACCAGUCAUGUUGACCAACCAUAGAACUUUUAGCUCAGUCAUGUGGACUCUCUAUUGACCAGUCAAAAUAAUAGAAUUAACUUGAGAAUAACUUUUAAGCGUUAUAGCCUAACAAGCAAAAACAAACAAAGUGAAAAAAGAUGCUUAUCCUCUUGAAACGUGAUGGUGAGAAAAUAAACUAUUUUCUGGUCACUAAUUCACAUAUCCGGUGAAAAUUACCAGGAAACCAAAAGUUUGUCCAAGCAAAUGGUCAUCUUAGCCAGACAUUGUCUGUUUAGCGGCCUCUUCUGUUUUAAGCCCUGUGAAGUGAUCUCGAGAGAAAAUUUUGCUGACAAUAUGAUGCCACUGUCAUGUUUCUAUUUAGGAAGAAAAAGAGGAGCCAUCGUUUAUAAGGAAGCUUGAUUUCUCCUUUGAUCCAGACUGUAAAACUUGCAAGGUCAUCAGUGCCUCUGUUUGCUACGGAUCAGGGGUGCUUGUCUUCUCAAGUAUGAAACAGAUCCCAAAAAUGUCUGCAAAGAUAAUGACUGGAAUAUUUGGAGUAGGUAUGUUCAGGCAAAGGGAGUUACACCUCUGGUUUGAGAUUAAAUAGACACUGCUAGUAGGUAUCUUCUAACAAGAGACCUCUUCAUCUAGGGCAAUUCCUAGAUGCCAAAUGCUCAUGUUCAAGAACAAAUAACUACAGAAGAGAAAUUAAUAAGAGUCUUCUCUUUGGGUAUUUAGAGGAGACUCUUAUUUCUCUUCUGCAGUUAUUUGUGGCUGUGAAUGGUAUGGUUUUCAAGCAAUAUUAUUAGUCUGGGAUAAUGUAAAGAAGUCAGAGAGUUUGUGUCUAGAAUUAAUAGGGUGUCAUUUUCUAUGAAACUGAUCAAAUUAGUUACGGUUUUAGUCCAGACUGGGCAAAUUGUUAACACUCAAAAAAAAUAAAAUAGACAAAUCUAAAUUUACCCACAGCUCAGUUUAAUAGCAAAGAAAACUUUGACCUUAGAAACUUUUGGAAAAUAGCAAUUGUAGGAUACGGAGGGAUUUUGGAAGUUUAAGGUCUAGUAGGGUAGCAAAGUUCGGCUUAACUAGGUGACUGGUGUAGGUUAAGAGUUGGAGGGUACGUCCCAGCAGCACAUCCCUACCCAAACAUUCCUAAAGUACCUUCCCUGGUUUGGCUCCUUCCUGUUACCUCAAAGUCUGGAUCCACGACUGUUUUUUUUUACUAUGAAGACCAGGAUUAAAAGAAUAAGUGUUCACACCUUACUAUUGUAUUAAGCAACCAGUAAUCAAGGUCCCAAAAUUUAUUGUAGAGAAGAAUGAUAUUAUAAUUAUUGUAGAUUAAAUCUCUAUUAAGUGGCCAGCAUGAUCAAGGGGCCUUAGCCAUGCUUGGCCAUGCCAACAAGAGUUCUUCUGAUAAUAAUUGUUUUUAUCUCUGUUAAGUUACUAUCAAGCACUUGUUACGCUAACUGUCUCAGUUUGGCUUUACAAUAUAUGAAAAUACAGUCUGAGAUGAAAGGUGACAUCUGUUUGUAGACCAGUGAGGAUGUUCCUGUUGCAUGUUUGUUUUAAAACCUCCAUUGUGCAACCAACCUCCAUUAAGCAGCCACUUGGUGGUACCCUGAGGCUAGCCUUUUAACCCUUUCACUGCCAAAUGUAGCCAAAGGGAAAUUUCCAAAUUUCCAAAUUUCAUUUUGUAAAAUUUUGAAAAACAAAUAGCACCAUGUGAAAGUACUGCUGAAGAGGUUUCAUUUAAAUCAGGUCACAUCAUAGGAUUUUGUCUGCAGACUCAAAAGUUAGAGUCACCUUACAAAACUCCAUCAAACACCUUGGCACUGGAAGGGUUAAUGGAAGCAGCGUGCAAAGAAAGUGGUGUCCGAUAGCCUGGGGCUAGUGAUUUUUGCCUGAUGGGCAAGUGAUUUUUUUGAGGAAUUCGAAUAACAGAAGAACUGUGAAAUCAAUAGGCCAUUUGCACAAUGGCGUCAUUUUACUACUACAACUAGAAUCCUUUUCAUUUUUCCUUUCAUAUUUAAAUUUUGUAAUCCCAGUGAGGUUUAAAUAACAAAAGCCCUAAUUUGCACAAGAAAGCAAAACCCUGAAGGAUUUUGGUCAUAGCAGUAAAAUGAUGUCAUAGUGCAAAUGGCCUAUUCUGCUAGUCAAAAAGUUCUUGGGACUAGUUGAAAGGAUGUCUGGCUAGUAAAUGCUAGCUUCAGCUUGCCUGAAUGGGAAGCUGUAAAAAUGAUUUUCUUUGCACCGUGGAAAUUUAAACUGUAUUUUAAUUUUGGUGAUCUUUUUAACAGGUCUGUUUGCAGUUGGGACACUCAGAAUGCUUGUACCUGGAAAUGACAUUAACGCUCCGUUAUUUGGGAGACAGACUGAAGAUCAGAGCACCAGCCAAGGCAACGGCUGAUGUAUAAAGAAUGUAAAUUGGGUGUACAUAUUGUACAUUUGAAUUCUCUUUUUGUGCUUGGUAGCCUGGACCCAUUCACUCCUAAAAUUGCCUUAAGUGAGGCCUCAUGAGAUUAAAAUUACAACAAGUGACAUGGCCUUGAAACUGCGACAUAAGACUAGAUGAAAUGUAACCAAUGGCAGAAAGACUGGUUAAAUUCCGAGAGGAACAUGGCCUUAUACUCCUCAAAAUGCAAAACAACCGUAUUUGAAAGUCAGACUUAAGACAUACUAAUCCCUCUGAGAGGAUCUCUUGAGGGCAAGUAAAGAGAAGCAACCUGUAAUAUUUUGUGAAACACUGAAGAACAGUUAAUGGUAACAUGUGAAAGUACUUUUGGAGAAGUUUUUUUGAAUUUGUACUUGACAGGAUUUUUCUUACAUUGCCAAAGUUAAUUAUUUAAUAUUACAAGACACAUGUAUCGAGUGCCUUUAAUUUUUAAAGUGGACGGAAAAAAUGUGUUUUCCAAACUAAUUUUGAGGGCUCCCUUUGGAAACUUGUAAUGUUGCCAUAGCAUUUGCCACCCAUCACUUGAAGAAGAUAAUUUUUCGGUGAUGAACAAAUUAAAUGAUGCCCAUAUUAUUAUCAGCAGACUUACACUGUCUAAGCAUGUCUUUUAAAGGACCUAGUCAGUUAGCUGAUGUACAUGCACAUCAGAUACCAUUUCGUAGCUGAUUUGUGUAAUACAAGAUAUGCCAUUCACACUGUUUUUAACCAAGGAUGAUAAAUAAUAUGAUAAAAUGAGUAAAAGAAACUAAGGAAUAGGUUUUUUAAGAGUAAAAAUUGAAAAGAUUGAAUGAAACACUGGGCAAGAUUGAAGCAAAUUUCUCCUUGUAUUUGAUGCACAUUUGAUUUUGGUUUGAGGUAAAUGCUUUUCAAAGUUGCAAAACUAGUGUCCAGGUCAGCUUAGUCCCAUAGAUGACUGUGUCCCUUUAAAAUUGGCAAACCUAUUAGAACCAUCUUGAAUCUUUGACUUAGCCUGUGCGCAGACACUUUAAACCUCCACACUAUAUGCGAUACGUGGGCCGGCUGCACCACAGGCUAUCUUUGUCUGAGCUUAAAUGCAGAUGUUCUUUUUUGCACUCAUUAUUUAUUUUAUUUAUUUAUGUUUGGAUUGUGUGACAAGCCCCAAAACUUCUUUUUAUGUGGCUAGUAGGAACUUGGAAGGGAACUUGCCUUGAAUGUACCAUGAAUAGUACUUAAUAUACAGCUGAUUUAGUAAAGGUUCAGUUUGGAUGUUAGGAAUUGCGCGCUGGACAGCUAUCGUAUGGUGUUCACUUGGGCAAAUCAUUGCAGUGAGUUUUGUUUGCCCCAAUGCCCAAAGCAACCUUUAUGCACCUGUCAAUGUAAAGCUGGCGAGCACAGCAAGGCAGGGUAUGGGGUGGGGAUUUGACAUUUUUUCGAAAAUUUGCCGUCAAAUUCCCCGCCUGCCGGCAAAUCAUUCCAGUCAAAUACCCUAAAAUUUCCCCACCUCGGGCUACACAUUUAACUGUUGUCAAAUAUCCUAAGGCUAGACCCAAGAAGAGUGCAACAAAAAUAUCUCGAAAAUUAUGUAACUCUACAAUCUUUAUUUGUUAAUGUUGCUGCAUCACCAAAGAUACAUUUUCCUGUUAAAAUCUGCUGCAGCUCCAAUAAGUAUUAUUAAUGCCAAAGCAUUUGUUACAGUAAAAUUUAUUCACCGAAUUUUAAUAAUAGAUAAACAAAAUUAAUUCAGGAAAGUGAUGUUGGUUUCACUUAGGUUGUCGAAUUUUUCUCCUAAGGGGAGUCCCCACUGUCACGUGCACCACACGCAGUCUACACGCGGUCGAAUGAGUGAUAUGUCCAUAUGUGGAUGUUGCCGGUUCCACCCCGUUAUGAAAAGAAAGCGGCCGUGUAAACACUUGCUUGAACUUCAAUUCAGUCACCUCUUGACUUGUGUUCCCUGUGUUAUUUUUGCGUACAAAAUGCUCAAAGCUCUGGGAGAUCCUUAUUUUGUGGCGAAAUUCCAGCGCACUUUCGGUCUGAGAGAGGUUCGGAGCGAAGAAAAUGGAAACUCAUUGCAUGACUUCAAAGACCCCGUGUCUGAGCUUCAAUAUGGACAUGUUGUAGUGAACAACGGAUAUCAAAGAAAUCACGCUCACUCAAGAUCUAAAGUUAAUGGUCACAGCAGCGGCUUUACCAGAGAGGAAGCGCCGGAAAAACUCACAGUUCCUGGAGAGCAAAAAGUCAAGCAAACCUACGAAUUCAACAGCUUCUUUCAUGUGAUUUUUGCGUUUGGCUCAACUCUAGGCUACGAAUCCUUUUACAUAACUUUUUUCCCGUUUUUGUUUUGGAACAUUGACGAGUAUUUAGCGCGGCGAAUAGUUUUUAUGUGGGCGCUCAUUAUGUACAUUGGUCAGGCUGCGAAGGAUGUUAUCCAAUGGCCCCGACCACCCUGUCCUCCUGUUAUUUCUGUGGAGAAACGAUUUCAAGUUGAGUAUGGCAUGCCCAGCACUCAUGCAAUGGUAGGGACCCUAAUCCCUGUCUGCAUUGUGUACUUCACUUACGAUCGUUACCAGGUAUGCACGCAUUGUUUCAUUAUUUGUUUGUUCAAUUAGUAGUUUUGGGCAUGUACUCUGUAGUUACUCCUAGUUUUGCAACUUAGCGUUUUAAUGAGGGAAUUUUGGUGUCAUGGUUAAAUGUCGUCAAUAAAUCGAUGACCUCAUCUGUUAAUUUUGCAAUACAUGAGUCACAAUUGAUUUUAAUUACCCUCUCCAAAUUUUUCGUGAAUUAAAGUGUUCUUUUGUGGAAAGAAUUAAGUUCUACAUUAUCGAGCAAAUGUGCACGAUUAUUUAUUUUUUUUCUAUGAAAGAUUCUUGACAUUUGAACAUUGAAUAUGUAUGAUUUAACUUCCUUCCCCAACCUUUUCACCCCUAAGACCUGGCUCAGACGCCUUGCAGCUCACGUGCUGAACCUAACUGAUAAAUUAGCGAGGACAUACAAGCAGUGCUUGAAUCAGGUAGUGUGGCUAUAGUUUGUAGGGCUGUGCGCUAGCAGUGUACCAUAGGACCUGGCACUUUUUGCUUGAGGGCAACUAGAAAGUCUUCAUUUUUACACAAAAUCAUUUUCUGGGCACCCUGGAUUUCACAGAUUGAGAGCACUGGGCUCACUACAAUUUUUCGUGGAGCACAGCUUUGGUUUGGCAUGCAAAGUUAAAUUAGGAAGGCAGUCUCAUCCCACAUUUGAGAAGCCAUCUGCACUAGUGUUGCUGCUAAGUGAAAUGUCAUUGUUAAAUGGAAUUACACUAAGACUUAGUGUAGUUCCGUUUAACAAUGACAUUUAGUGAUGUAUUAAUAUUGACCCAUGCAGGCAAAAGCUGGCUGAAAGACAUAUUUCAGGGGAAACCUAUAUCUACAAUAAAUAAUUAUUGUAGAUUUUGUUUUUUCUG